CAAUCGAUUUAUCGUUCUUGCGAAUGCUCCUCUCUAGCCGGCACGCUGUUUACCCUUCCACUUUUUUUUGUUUUUCCUUUUUUUCCCUGAAAUUGGUGAAUAUUGCCUUGGUAAUAAUGUUUCCGCAACGCAGUUCCCAGGUUUACCGCAUGCCACAGACCCAUCAGCCACCACCGGCGCUGGAGCUGGCAGAAAACCUUGAGUACCCGAAUCUCAAUGUCGCUGAUCUGAAUGCGCGUCUAGAGAACCUUUCUCCGCGCCUGCACGACUGCUGGGAUAGCAUUGCAAUCAAUGAACAGCAACACAUCGCCCUGGCCACCAACAGGCGCGAAGGCCGCCACUGGUGGGGCAUGUUCUUUGGGUACGCUCGCAGCCAGGUCAACCACAUGUCGGUGGACAGCGCGGACUUCAAGCUGCAGGCAGAGCACACUGUUAAUAUUUUGCGGUACGCCGACAACGACGUGUUGCUGGUCGCCCUUGGGGACACGCGCCUCCAGGCCUGGUCCACUUACUCAAAAGUGCGCAAUUCCGAUCAGCCAUACUGCCUCUUCCGGGUGGGCGAGGCCUCCGUCCACCCAACUCCCAUCAGUCAUCUAAGUGUAUUCAAAGCGAAUAAACAGAGAGCUGUCUCGGCGUCUGCGGAUGGAACAUUGAAUGUGUGGGAUCUGUCUUCCGCUGACCUCAGUAGCUGCUAUCACACCCGUAGCUCCCACCUGGAUAAGCUGACUGGACUGAUGACGCCCUCUGCCUCGGCCGAAAAGUUUGUGACCUGUGAUCGCGGCGGCUGUGCCCGUCUUUGGGACAUUAGGGCAGCAGCUCUAUCGUCGUCGUGCCUCUUUGAUGAUGACUCUCACCUUUUGAGCUUCACUUGCGGCGCCUGGGCAGCUCCGACGGAGCUUCAGGGUAAUAACUACGUUUACCUUGGCGACUUUGACGGUAAAGUUCACACUGUGGAUAUUCGCGUGCCACGGAAGCUGGCUGAAACUAUUGAAUAUUUUGACAAAGGACACGUUUCUCAGCUACUAAUUAACGGGCCCCAUCUGGCCGCUAUGAGCAAUCUGCCCGCCUCUGUGAAAGUAAGCAACGUGAACCCGGGCCAUAAGGUCAUCUAUACGCACGAGAAUACCCAUUCCCGUCUGACGGAUGCCAUCUGGACCGAUGAAUGUACGCUCUUGACCAUCGGGCACGGCCGUAAACUAGUAACCCAUUCUUUAAAGUAAUUAAGCGGGUGUUUCUUGUUAUUUGCAAGCUUAUGCGCUUUAUAUUUAACUAAUUUGACGAUGAUGUAAAUUAUGGUUUGUUACAAUUAACGAUUGCCUGACUGAGGUGUUAUAUACUUUUAUUAAUGUAACACCAUUUUUUUGAAUAAUUCUACAUAGAUGUUUAUACGAUCAGGACGACU